AUGGCGACAGAUACCAAGGCCAUUGUGCCCCCUAAGCGGGCCAACACCGAUUACCCGUUGAUUGAUUCCGACCCGCAUUUGAGACGGGUGUUCGGAUAUGCCCGACCCUCCGACUGGGCCAUUGCUGGUGGUAUGGCCUCGGCUGCUCCCAUUUCCUUCUGGAUCAUGGAGAGAGCUAGCCCGUCGCAUGUCGGCCGGGGUGGUUUCGCCCCUGUCAUGCGCCUCGCCUCAGCUGUUGGCUUGAUUGGUGGUCUUCAUAUUCUCUACCAGCGAUCCUGCCAGCGCUUCUACGGUUUCACUGAGAACACCAGAGAGGUUGAAAUGGACACCCGUGAGAUGGUCGAUAAGGUCAAGAAGGGCGAGCCUCUGUACGGCAAGUCUCAGAUGUCUUCUUACCUACAAGGCAUGGCUGCCCGUAACUCCCGGUACUCGGAGCUCUUCAUCCAUGUCGUCCCAUGGAUCAACAUUGUCAACCAUGACCAGCAUGGUGUCGACACUGCCAAGUACUAUCAGCAAGCCGAGCGGGAGUUGGAGGCAGAGCGAACUGGCUCCUCAUGA